AAUGCAGUUGACCACAAGUCGACCAAGCAGCAGUCAAGAAGAAAGGGUGAGAGAUGAGGACUUUGAGAUAGACUGGGUCUUGCUCUACGACUGUGAGGAUAUCGGUAAGCCACGAUUGGCAUUUCCCCUGGAGUGUGCCACUUUGACUCGCGAUAUCGAGGCUUAUGGUCUGGAGGCAGAAGUUCGACAUGGACACGGCGCGACCAUCCUCAUAAUCAUCCGGAUUCCUCGCAACAAGCUGGGCAACGAAGUCUACCGCUCACGAGUCAAAGACUGGUUGUUUGGAAUCGUCCAUGUGCGUCCUCUGGGCGACAGUUCUACGGUCGUCGACGCUGCAACGCCUUCCGAAGAAAUACGUUCUGUCUUCCAUUUGGUUACUUGGACAAAAGAGCAGGGCGGAGCAGGAGUGACCGCCAACUUUGGGCAAUGGAAGCAUAUCACCGCGUCGUUCGCACCGCAUGCCUGGACUGCGAACAAGAAGUUGUUGAAACAGCUGUCUGCCAAGAUUAUCCUGGACAUGAUUUGGAUCAGAUCAAGGCGCUCUUCGGAGAGAAGGNUUGCCUUCUAUUACGCCUUUAUACAAGCCUACUCCUUGUUUCUCAUCGUGCCUGCUUCAUCUGGCGCAUUGUUCUGGCUUUUCUCCAAACCGUACUCACUUCCAUUUGGUGCGGCCACAUGUAUAUGGAGCAUCACAUUCGUCGAGUGUUGGAAGAGACAGGAACUUGAUCUGAGCAUCAGAUGGAACGUCAGAGGUGUUGGCGCACUCAAAGUCAACCGCGUUCAGUAUGAAUGGGAGAAAGAAGAGACGGAUCCAAUCACUGGUGAGGUGAAGAAAAUAUUUCCCGCUCAUAAGCGUUUGAUGAGACAGCUUCUGUUUUUGCCUUUCGCUGCAUUGGCUAGUCUGGCUCUCAGCAGUGUUCUGGUCGUCACAUUUCUAGUCGAAGCUGUUCUCUCAGAUGUGUAUGGCGAGGAAUUGGCAAGCUACUGGGCUAUACAGUAUCUCCCUACAAUACUUCUCGCGAUUUCAUUGCCAUAUGUUACAGAAACCCUGACAUCUGUUGCGUCACGACUGUCGGAACACGAAAAUCAUCGCACGAAUGACGAAUUCGAACUGGCUCAAGUGCAGAAAGCCUUCGUCUUGAACUUCGUCACCUCGUUUCUUCCGCUUAUCCUGACUGCUUACGUUUACGUACCCUUCGGAACGAAGCUUCUGCCUCUCUUAGUACCAGAUGCUUGGUCGUCGCAUGUCGCAGCCAAAGACUUUCGCAUCGAUGCCCAUCGCUUACAAGAAGAAGUCAUAUCGUUGUCCAUGGCCGGACAAGUGAUCAACUUUGGCGAAGAAUUUGUUCUACCGUUUGUGAAGCGACACAUACAAGAAGCAUAUCGCCGAUACAAAGACGCCCGACAAGAAACCUCACUGCACCAGCGCAUGCACUCUGAAUUUACAAAGACUCUCCUGAUCGAUGCUCCGCGGGAGGCAACCCUACUAUAUCGGCUGCGCGCAGAGGCAGCCGCCACGNCCUACGAUGUCCAAGAGGAUAUCAUGGAAAUGUGCGUCCAAUUUGGCUAUCUCGCCAUGUUUGGCAUCGUAUAUCCGCUCAUGCCUUUGGGCUUCCUAAUCAACAACUGGAUCGAACUUCGCGGCGAUUUCUUCAAGCUCGUCAGUGAAUCACAACGUCCACCUCCCAUCCGCUCCGACUCGAUUGGUCCUUGCAUCUCUGCACUCGAGUUUCUGACAUGGCUGGGAAGUCUUUCCACCGCUGCUUUGUUGUAUCUAUACGGCAACGGCGACGUUACCAACAUCCGUCUCGACUACUUGUUGCUCACGGUAUUUAUCGCCGAACAAGCCUACCUAGUCACGAAAAUUGGCGUUCGAUUCGUCUUUGACAAGAUCGGUUCAGAUGCUGUAAGAACAGAAGAAGUUUCCCGCCGCUUGGUAAGAAAACGUUAUCUCGAGACAUUUUCUGAAGAGGCGGCUGGCGCGUCUGCUCGUCAAGAAGCUCACUCAUAUACUGCAACCCACAAGCGUUCUAGCCCUACGACACCCACAGACCCGGAGAAAAGGGGUCAUCUGCCUAUCAUCCCUGAAGUCGAGGAGACAGUCGUUGUGAGAAGUGAAUACAAGACUGAAAAGGCAGAGAGGUUCUGGAAUGCUAGAAAGGAGUUUAUGGGGACUGCAGAGGCGGGUGUGAGGUUGAUUGUUGCAAUCAAAGGGAUGCAGGGGUCGAAGAAUGAGGACAGUGGUGAUAAGUCGAAGUGGAUC